AUGAGUUUCUUACGAGGCAAGGACAUCCCACUAUCUACGGAGAUCUUGUUGGGACUUCUAACUACAAUCAGCGCGUUUUUGUUUGUCAUCAAGUAUCGAAUUUACAAAGACUCGCAAGCGGCAGGUGGAUCUGAGGAAUUGAAUUUUCAUGAAAUCUUGGUACCGUAUAUCCAAUUGGUUCCAAGCACUACUUUGUUCCAUCCAUGGGUGAUUGCGCUGGCCAUAUUUGCAGAGGUAUCUAUCGUAUCGUUUAUUUUUUCAUUCCUGGUCUUGUUUAUCGGCAGCAGAUUUGUUGAGAAGUUUUGGGGGCGUGUUGAAGUGAUUAAGUUCGUGUUUGUGUUGGGAAGUGUGACCAACUUGAUCACUGUUUUGAUUGCCAUUAUAUCCAACUUGAUUAGAGAAGAUGCCAAGAAUAUGAACUCACCAUUGGGUGGUGGGAUCUCGUACUAUUUUGGAUUCCUCGUUGUGUUUAAGCAAUUGAUUCCCGAGCACAAUAUUGUUUUGUUUCAAGGAUUGGUCAACUUUAGAGUGAAGCAUUUGCCAUUUGCAUUGUUAAUUUUUUUGAGUGUUUGGUCCGCCGUUAUUAGUAGAUCGUUGUACCCUGCAGUGCCAUCCACAGUGAGUUUCUUUGCUUCAUUCGUCUACUUGAGAUUUUUCCAAGCAUUGCGUACGGAUCCAAUUUUGCCAGUUAGUUCCAACGACUCUAGCACUGGUUCAGUAUUGAUUGGAGAUGCGUCUGAUACAUUCCAAUUGGUUGAGUUCUUCCCUACCGUGACAAAACCGUACCUAGGUCCCAUAUUCAACCAAGUUUAUGAACUUUCGGUACUUUUGGGAAUUGUAACGCCAUUCAACGAUGAAACGGUUCAACAAAGUAAUACAAGAGCACAAAAGAGACUGGAACAGGUGAAUCAAAGUAACAAGAGUAUUGCCAGUUCGGUGGCCGAAAGAAGACGGCAAAUUGCCUUGCAGGUGAUCGAAGAUCGGAUAAAUAAGGAACAUCCAAAGUAA